UGGCGCGGCCGGGCCCAGCUGCGGGGCGGAGGUGGAGGCGAGGCCUGCGGCUGCGGGGAGCGGCGGGGCCGGGAGCGGGCGCCGGAGCCGAGCCGAGCCGGAGCAGGCGCCGGGAGGCCGGCGCGGCGAGCAGCAACCAUGUCGGUGUUCGGGAAGCUGUUCGGGGCUGGAGGGGGUAAGGCGGGCAAGGGCGGCCCGACCCCCCAGGAGGCCAUCCAGCGGCUUCGGGACACGGAGGAGAUGCUGAGCAAGAAGCAGGAGUUCCUGGAGAAGAAGAUCGAACAGGAGCUGACUGCUGCCAAGAAGCAUGGCACCAAAAACAAACGCGCGGCCCUGCAGGCUCUGAAGCGCAAGAAGAGGUAUGAGAAGCAGCUGGCACAGAUCGAUGGCACCCUGUCAACCAUCGAGUUCCAGCGGGAGGCCCUGGAGAAUGCCAACACCAACACAGAGGUGCUCAAGAACAUGGGCUAUGCCGCCAAGGCCAUGAAGGCUGCCCACGACAACAUGGACAUCGAUAAAGUGGACGAGUUAAUGCAGGACAUUGCUGACCAGCAGGAACUUGCAGAAGAGAUUUCCACAGCUAUUUCCAAACCUGUAGGCUUUGGGGAAGAGUUUGAUGAGGACGAGCUCUUGGCAGAGUUGGAGGAACUUGAACAGGAGGAGCUAGACAAGAAUUUGCUGGAGAUCAGUGGGCCCGAAACAGUCCCGCUACCAAAUGUCCCCUCUGUAGCCCUACCGUCCAAACCCGUCAAGAAGAAGGAAGAGGAAGACGACGACAUGAAGGAAUUGGAGAACUGGGCCGGAUCCAUGUAACUGGUCCAGCCUAGGCUGGGCCCGGACAGACUCUGGUGGCCUGUGCGACGGGCAGGCGCGUGCGUGCGCGGGGCAGGCAGGACGCGGUGCAGGCAGCCUCCAUCGCUCAGCUCUCACCCAAAGCAGUAGCCGCAUCACUGCUCACUCUCGCAUAGCAUGGUCUGUGCCCAGGGGCGGGCGGGCGGGGGAGGGGUGGGCGGGAGGGAGGUGCCUGCUGUUUAUAAUGUUGAAUUUCUGUAAAAUAAACUGUAUUUGCAAAUCCAACAUUG